AUGAAGACCCUUCCGAGCCACAAAGUACUGGUGAUGAUAUUCUGGUGGCUUGCAGUCUUCAGCCUUGUUUGCCAGGCCUCCAUCGUCGCACAAAACGCCACCUUGUUGCAGCGCCGCCAAUGCGUCAAAGAUCCAGCGACUGGACAGUGGGAUUGUGACUUCAAUCUUCCUACAAUGCUAGAGAUAGUGGAUCGAUACCGAGACACCAAUGAUGGAGGAGGAGCGGAAGCGCACAGACCGGUAUGGUUCUACACCAACCUCGAUCUGGAUACCAACAAUGUCGCCAGUAUUGCUCUUUGCCGAGGGUGGAUGCUCAGUAACCAGCUCGAUGGCUACUAUUUGAUGAGUGGUAUCAGCCUCGAGUGGUACCAUGAACAAAGCGACUUCAUCUGGGAAUACAGAGAUCGAUUCCGUCUCGCCGCAGCAGGGCAAGAUCCACAAGACAUAUUUGGGAUAUGCAUGUUCGAAGCCCUGGCUAUCUCCGCGCUGCAUCCUGAGGCUUAUGUCUUCACCAAAGAGGCCCCAGAGACCUGGCGUAUAGGGAGCAUGUGGGAAGUGGUCGAAUUUCCUGCGCUCACAAGCAACCCGAACAUCCAGAGAAUCUACCGAGUCGAUCCUCGUCCCGGCCACUGCAACCAAAGACGACUGAUAUGGGACAGGCGAAUAAACCCGGAACUUCAAACAAUAAAGACUUGCCCAGUCCUCCAACCAGUGCAGAUGCCGGAGCCUGCAGCCCCGCAGAGCCAGUCAACAUCCUAG